AGACUGCGUCGCGGCAGUUAAUUAUCUGAGCGACACCGAUUUAAUUCAUUAAUUUUUUUUUAUUCUAUAAAUUAAUUUCACAUCUUUCAAUUUAAAUAAUAUCCUACAUAUUUAUUUAUAUAUAUUUUAAUUUGUUAAUUAGCUUUAUUAACUCACGUAAUAAGUAUUAAUUAAAAAUAAAAAUGAGUGCGACGUUAACAAAAUUAAUUAUUUUAAUGGCGGCCGGUCUGCCAUUUUGUUGUGCCUCAGAAGUCGGAGACGGAACGCUGAAUAUCGAAAUAUGGAGACGCGUAUGGAGAAUUAAUCACGACGCUGUAUCAGGUGGCACAUAUGUUAAUAAAUUUUAUCACUGUACGGGGACUCCGAUACAACAAAAUGUUAUUCUUACUAGUGCAAGAUGUGUACAUAGAUUAUCGCAACAAUCAGCCAUAAGGAGCAUCUAUCUCUACGGAAAUUACAACCAAACAAAGACAAUAAUCCAGCGUACAUCUUCAUUAUUCGUAAAAUUCCUUAUAAAUACUGAGAGCCAAGCGGUGUAUUCCUCUAGCCCAAUGAUGUUCAAUGUCAAGGAUGUCAUCUAUCACAACUUUUCAAAUUAUUACCAGCCAUCUAAUCCAGACUAUGCAUUUUUGAUCCUCGAAAACCCGGUUUAUCUUAAUGACGGAAUCAAUUACGUCAAAUUGUCAAGCACAAAAAAUUCAAAUAAAAUCGACUACAAAAAUUGUCGAAUAGUUACAAUUAACCGCGACCACUCUAAGCGCGAAGCUGAUGUCGACUGUGAAUUCAUAUUAAAUGAAAAUAACUCAACCAAAACUAAUUUGGAUUGCAGAACAAAAAAUGAGAAUUUUCACAUGAACUUUGACUCAGGCAGUCCCGUCUAUUGUCCACUAAUUAAUUCUUCAGAAUAUUUACAAGUUGGAUUUCUGUCAAAAUACGCCAUGUUUUUUCCGAGUGUCCGUGUUUUUCUUGUCAAGCCAACGUUCCAAUCUGUCCUUGACGUCAUAGUUCCAAAUAUUUAUGGGGAUGAUAAACUUUAUAAUACAAAUUAGUGUAAAUCUUGGUAAUAAUUAUUUUUGUUAUUAAAUAAAAGUCAAUUAUUAUUAUAAUUAUUAUUAAAAUAAAAUUUUUUUUAAAAUUA